GCGGCUUUACAAUCGGCCAUUUCGUCGGUGUAGGCCAUCUGCUGUAGAGGGCAGCGGGGGUAUCGGUCGUACUGUAAUUUAUCUGAAAGGCAUCGUAAGAACAUCCAACAAUGAGCGAACAGGCUGUCUCAUUCGCCAAGGACUUCUUGGCCGGCGGCAUCUCCGCUGCCAUCUCUAAAACAGCCGUCGCCCCCAUCGAGAGAGUGAAGCUUCUCCUCCAGGUCCAACAUGCCAGCAAGCAAAUCACCGCAGAUAAGCAGUACAAGGGUAUCAUGGAUUGUGUUACCCGUAUCCCCAAGGAGCAGGGGUUCCUUUCCUUCUGGAGAGGUAACCUUGCCAAUGUCAUCAGAUACUUCCCCACCCAGGCCCUCAACUUCGCCUUCAAGGACAAGUACAAGAAGAUCUUCCUUGAUGGUGUUGACAAGCGCACCCAGUUCUGGAGGUACUUCGCUGGUAACCUUGCCUCUGGCGGCGCUGCUGGAGCCACCUCGCUGUGUUUCGUGUACCCCCUCGACUUCGCCAGAACCCGUUUGGCCGCUGAUGUCGGCAAAGCAGGAGCCGAAAGAGAGUUCUCUGGCCUGGGCAACUGCCUCGUCAAGAUCUCCAAGUCUGAUGGUAUCAGGGGCUUGUACCAGGGAUUCAAUGUGUCCGUGCAGGGUAUCAUCAUCUACAGGGCUGCUUACUUUGGCAUCUAUGACACAGCCAAAGGUAUGCUCCCAGAUCCCAAAAACACCCACAUAUUGGUGAGCUGGAUGAUUGCUCAGUCUGUGACCGCUGUUGCCGGCCUGACCUCAUACCCCUUCGACACUGUCCGUAGACGCAUGAUGAUGCAGUCUGGACGCAAAGGAGCCGACAUCAUGUACAGUGGUACCCUUGACUGCUGGCGGAAGAUCAUGCGCGACGAGGGCGGCAAAGCUUUCUUCAAGGGAGCCUGGUCCAACGUGCUCAGAGGCAUGGGCGGCGCCUUCGUGCUGGUGUUGUAUGAUGAGCUGAAGAAAAUAAUGUAAUUUUUUUUUUAACAUCACUGUCCAAUUUGGCUAAAUGUAACAACUUUCCAUUUCUAUGGACUCUGCAUUCUGCCUUAUUUAUGGGAACAAAUUCUAGUGUCUCACUAAUACCUGUGGGCAAUGGCUGUUCGUUGUGCAUCUUAUCAUUUUAAACGUUCCACACCCUCUUUACCAAUGUCAUUCCUGUAAAAGAAAAUCUGAUACCUCCUGUCAUUCAGUAGGUUUGUAUGGUCCUAACUUGAAUAAAUUUAUUCUGGGGAACAAUCUAAA